GCCCCCGCCCAAUCGGCUCGCGGCCGCGCGCAACAGGCCGUGCCUGGUUUGUGUUUCCUUACUACUUUGUCUUGAAGACAGAACUAUGCCAAAGAAAGCAAAGCCUGCAGGGAAUGGGAAGGAAGAAGGGCCUGUUCCCUGUAAGCAGGUGAAGGUGAAGGCAGCUGCGGGGCCUUCCAUUUUAAACUUUGACAGCCCCAGUGGUCUCUUUGAAAGUUUAAUCUCACCCAUCAAGACAGAGACUUUUUUCAAGGAAUUCUGGGAGCAGAAGCCUCUUCUCAUUCAGAGAGAUGACCCUGCCCUGGCCACGUACUACCAGUCCCUGUUCAGGCUAACAGAUCUGAAGAGCCUAUGCAGCCGGGGUAUGUACUACGGAAGAGAUGUCAAUGUCUGCCGGUGUGUCAAUGGGAAGAAGAAGGUUUUAAAUAAAGAUGGCAAAGCACACUUUCUUCAGCUGAGAAAGGAUUUUGAUCAGAAAAGGGCAACAAUUCAGUUUCACCAACCUCAGAGAUUUAAGGAUGAGCUUUGGAGGAUCCAGGAGAAGCUGGAAUGUUUCUUUGGCUCCUUGGUUGGCUCAAAUGUGUACAUAACCCCUGCAGGAUCUCAGGGCCUCCCGCCCCAUUAUGACGAUGUUGAGGUUUUCAUCCUGCAGCUGGAGGGAGAGAAACACUGGCGCCUCUACCAUCCCACAGUGCCCCUGGCACGGGAGUACAGCGUGGAGGCCGAGGACAAGAUCGGCAGGCCGGCACACGAGUUUAUGUUGAAGCCGGGUGAUUUGUUGUACUUUCCCAGAGGGACGAUUCAUCAAGCAGACACUCCUCCAGGGCUGGCCCACUCUACCCACGUGACCAUCAGCACCUACCAGAACAAUUCAUGGGGAGAUUUCCUUUUGGAUACCAUCUCGGGGCUUGUGUUUGAUACUGCAAAGGAAGACGUGGAGUUGCGGGCCGGCAUCCCCCGGCAGCUGCUCCUGCAGGUGGAAACCACAACUGUUGCAACAAGACAAUUAAGUGGCUUUCUGAGGACGCUUGCAGACCGGCUAGAGGGCACCAAAGAACUGCUUUCAUCAGACAUGAAGAAGGAUUUUGUUAUGCACAGACUCCCCCCUUAUUAUAUGGGAGACAGAACAGCGCUAUCAACACCAGGUGGAAAGUUACCAAGGUUAGACAGCAUAGUAAGACUGCAGUUGAAAGAUCACAUCGUUCUCACGGUAGGGCCAGAUCAGAAUCCAUCUGAUAAAGCUCAAGAAAAGAUGGUUUAUGUCUAUCAUUCCUUAAAGAAUAGGAGAGACAUACACAUGAUGGGAAAUGAAGAGGAAACAGAGCCUCACGGACUUCGCUUUCCUUUAUCACAUUUGGAUGCACUGAAGCAAAUUUGGAAUAGUUCAGCUAUUUCUGUCAAGGACCUGAAACUUCCUACAGAUGAGGAAAAGGAAAGCCUGGUAUUGUCCCUCUGGACAGAAUGUUUAAUCCACGUAGUCUAGUGCCUUUGCAGAAUCAAAUAUCUACUAUUAUUUUAUAUGCACAUAUUAAAGGAAAAGUGAAGA